AUGGCAGCACCCUCACCCUCCCCAGCGGGAGGUUCCUUCAAAGACAUGCGCAAAAGCUUCCUGAUCGCCUUGGGCAUCAGCUUUGCCCUCUUACAGUUUCUGUUCCUGUGUAAUAUGUGCUAUCUAUACGGGACACAGUAUCGCGACAGCACCCGUUUCCACAGCUUGAAGAUUCUGUACGUUGACUACGACGGAGACGUUAUUGGCCAGUCGGUGGUCGAUGCAUACGGCAUACUACGCAGUGACGAAUUCCCUUCGCUGAUACAAUCACCCGCCAGCAAAUAUCCGACUCCAAAAGACGUCAAGACAGCCGUCUGUAAAGGCGACUACUGGGGCGCAGUGUAUGCCCAUCCUGGGGCCUCGUCGAACCUAUCCGCUGCCUUGGCCACGGGCAACGGCAACCGAACUUCCCUCACGUACAUCUGGAACGGAGCACGCUACCCGGCCUUUUCGCAGAGUGCCAUCUACGCCAGCAUCAUGAGCCUGGUCCAAGGAUACGAAUAUCCACGAGCAUCCAACGAGACCAUAAUGACGAUCAUAGAAGCUCGAGCGAUUCGAAAGAAGGCUUUUACCUGA